ACAGAGGAGGAGACAGCUGACUCUCCUCAGUUGGAGGCAUCUGUAGCAGCAGCAGAAGGUAACUCUACUGUGGUUCUGUUAUCCCGUGGUUUCUUGAUAUGUGGAUGUAAACACAAAACACAAAAUGAUGAGCGCAGACAGCAAGAGUACAAGUAUUUCAGAGUGCCUGGUCCUGGACGACUCAGAGAAAGGAGUCGUCAUUAAAGGAAUCACUGACGACACCAUCACCGCAAAGAGUGGGCUGCAAGCAGGGGAUGAGAUUGUUGCAGCCACUAUACACCUGGACCACCUCAACAAAAAUGAAGUGCUGAACAUCCUGAGGGUCUUGGAGCCGUAUGAUAACAAUAUGAAGGUCUUGACGAAGAAGGAGCUGAGCACCAGUGUGGGACUUGGCUCCCUCGGAUUAGGUCUCAAAGACUCUGCAGAGAUGUCACUAGACGCACCAGCUGUUUCCUUUGAUGGCCUGAAUGGAAAGUUAAACGCUGCACAGGGAUUGGGUGGUGAAAUAAGUGGUCCCACUCUCAAUGGAGACCUUCCCAGUCUCAGUCUAAAUAAGCCCUCAGCUGAUGCUGAUGCCAGGUUCUCAAUGCCCUCUGUAGGACUGACUGGACCAGAUAUAAAAGGAGAUCUAGAUGGCACCCUCAAAGCUCCUGAUGUCAGUGUCAACACACCCAGUGCCUCGAUUGAUGUCAAGAAACCAGAAAUCAAGACCGGCAACGGAAAAUACAAGGCCCCAAAAUUCACAAUGCCACAAUUCAAUCUACUUCAGAUCAAAACACCAAAAGCAAAAGUGGACGUUUCUGAAGACAUAGAUCUCCCCUCUGUCAACGGAAAUCUACAGACACCAGACCUGGACCUGUCAGCCCCAAAGUUAGAUCUUAAAAGUCCAGAUUUGGACCUGAAUGGGCCAAAAGUGGAUCUAAAUGGUCCUGAUGUAAAUUUAGAAGCCCCAGAUGUUGACAUUGAGCCAGUCUUAGGCAAAAUCAACUGGCCCCAUCUAAAAUGGAAAGGUCCCAAAGUUAAAGGACCAGAUGCUGACCUAAAUGCUGACUUUUCUGCACCUGGUGUCAAUCUCUCCACACCAAAGAUCGAUGGGGAUCUAGGUGCUCCAGACGUUGAUAUCAACUUACCCAUAACUGACAUCAAAGGCCCUGUUUUAGAUGUUGAAACCCCAAACCCUGACAUCGAUGUCCCAUCUGGUAAAAUCAACUGGCCUCAUUUGAAGUGGAAGAAACCAAAAGCUGAUCUGGACUUAGAUGCAAACCUGAACACAUCAGAUGUUAAUCUCUCUGUUCCAAAAGUGGAGGGUGGGAUAAAUGCCCCAGAAGUUGACAUUGAUUUGCCAAAGGCAGACCUGAAAGGCUCACAUAUUGAUGGAGAAGUUCCAUCUGGUAAAAUCAACUGGCCUCAUCUGAAAUGGAAGAAGCCCAAACUUCAUGGCCCAAAAGCAGACUUAGACAUAGAUGCUGACUUAAACACACCUGAUUUAAAUCUCUCAGGUCCAAAUACUGAGGGUGGCAUUAUUGUACCAAACCCUGAGCUCAAUCUCCCAAAAGCUGACCUGAAAGGCCCCGAUGUAGACGUUCAUACCCCAGAUCUUGAUGUUGAUGCUCCAUCAGGGAAAAUUAACUGGCCUCAUCUAAAGUGGAAAAAACCCAAACUUCAUGGCCCCAAAGCUGAUCUGGACCUUAAUGCAGAUCUGAACACACCAGAUGUUGAUCUGAAUUUACCCAAAGCUGAUGUUGAUAUUAAAGCACCAGAUGCUGACAUUGAGGCCCCUUCUGGCAAAAUCAGGUUCCCAACACUCAAAAAGCCUAAGUUCUUGAUUUCUGGACCAAAGGUGAAAGCCCCAGACGUUGAUGUUGAUGCUGAUGUGAAAGCACCUGACUUUGAUCUGAAUCUACCUAAAGCUGGUAUUGAUGUUGAAGCACCAAAUGUAGACAUUGACCCUCCAUCUGGGAAGCUCAAAUUUCCCACUCUUAAAAAGCCAAAGUGGUCAGUUUCAGGUCCAAAGGUUAGUGGUCCUGAUGUUGAUCUAGAUGUUUCAGCUCCUAAAUUGGAUCUUUCUGCUCCAAAGAUUGAUAGUGAAAUAAAUGCACCAGAUGUAAAUCUAAACUUACCAAAAGCUGAUCUGGAAGGCCCCAAGUUAGACAUUAAUGCUCCAGAUGUUGAAGGCCCAUCUGGAAAAUUCAAAUGGUUCACUUUAAAGAAACCCAAAUUUGGCACACUGAAGGGCCCAAAGGCUGACAUUGAUGCUGAUGUGAAGGUACCAGAUGUGGACCUCAAGGGGCCUGAUGUGGAUUUGAGUGCGCCAGAUGUUAAUCUUUCUGCACCAAAUAUUAAGGGUGGGAUUGAUGCGCCAGACCUAAGUAUCAACAUGCCUAAUGUUGAUGUCAAAGGUCCAGAUGUGGAUCUUAAGGGUCCAGAUCUUGACCUUGACCCACCCGAUGGAAAACUGAAGUUACCUAAAUUCAAGCUACCAACAUUCAAAGAGCCAAAAGUCAAGGGUCCAGAAUUACUUGCUGAUUUAAAAGCACCAGACAUUGACCCUAGUCUUGACUUACCUAAGGUUGAUGUGGAUGCACCUAAUGUAGACAUAAAAGCACCAGAUCUCUCAUUGUCUGCACCAAAAAUCGAUGGCAGUUUUGACGCACAAGAUCUUGAUGUGAAUUUACCAAAAGCCAAUCUCAAAGGUCCUGAUGUAGACCUUCAGGCUCCAGAGGUUGAUGCCUCAGCUGGAAAAUUCAGGCUACCCAAAAUAAAAAUGCCAAAGUUUGGCUUCUCUGGGCCAAGAGUGAAAGGACCUGACGUUGAUGUUGAUACUGACCUUACGAGUCCAGAUCUGGAUCUGUCUCUUCCUGAUGUAGAUGCAAAGCUACCCAAAGCAGAUCUAACAGUACCCGGUGUUAAUCUGAAAGAACCAGACUUGAAUAUUUCAGUCCCCAAAAUUGAAGGUGGUAUUGCCACUCCAGACGUGAAUCUGGACUUGCUCAAAGCAGACCUGAAAGGGCCGGAUGUAGACAUUGACAUUGACGCUCCUUCUAGAAAAUUAAAGAUGCCCACAUUCAAAAUGCCAAAACUUAACAUUGGAGAACCAAAGUUACCUGAUGCAGAACUAAAGACUCCAGAUGUCUCUGUUCCUGAUGUAGAUCUUAAGUUGCCAACAGCUGAUGUCAAAGCACCUAACUUAGAUCUGGAUGCUGACCUUUUGGCCCCAAAAACUAACAUCAGUUUACCAGACUUCAAAGCUGGUGUAAAGGGACCAAGUGUGGAUCUACCAAAGGCAGACCUCCAGGUACCAGAUCUGAGCCUUUCUUCACCAAAAAUUCAUGGAAACCUCUCAGCACCAAACACAGAUAUCAAGUUACCAAAAGCUGAACUGGAAGCACCUGAUGUAACACUGAAAGCUCCAAAUGUGGAUAUGAACCUGCCCAAAGCAGACCUCAAAGGACAUGAUGCACAGUUAAAAACACCAGAUCUAGCUUUGGAUUCUCAUAUGGGUGACUUUAAAUUGCCUCAUUUCAAGCUUCCAAAACUUGGCCUUUCGAGUCCUGAAGUAGAAGUUUCCAGAGUUAAUCCUUCAAUUGAGGCUGGAGUAGAGGCACCCAAGGUGAACGUAGGCACUAUUACAACGGAUGACAACAUCUCUGUUCCUGCAAUAGACCCUAGUGCACCAAAGUUAGAGGGAGAUAUCAAAGGACCUGAAAUAGAUGUGAAAGCUCUAAAUGUGGAUGCUAAUCUUGAAAAGUCCAAAUUGCCUCAUUUCAAGCUUCCAAAGUUUGGAUUUUCAGGAUCUAAAGCUCAGGAUCUUAGUUCACCUGAUGUCAGUGUCUCUGAACCUGAAACGAAGACAAGUCUGAACACACCUGAUCUGGAUCUCACAGCUGAAGCAGAUGCCGAAGUUAAAGGUUCUCCAAAAAGUAAGCUGAGAUGGCCCUUCAAAUGGGGACUAAAGUCUGGUUCAGGCACUGAUGAAGAGGGAAGUGGUGCUGACUCUGAAACUGAAGUGUCAAAUGCUGAAGUGGAGGUUCCUGCAUUCAAAUUCCAUAGACUGCCCAGACACAGCAUUGAUGGCAUUGGAGAAAUUGGUGACACCUUGGGCAUAUCAAAACUUGACACAGAGGCUAAGGAUUAUGUCGUCAGAAAAGGGAUCCGCUUGCCAAUAGUAAACACAACAUCAAAAGCAGGAGAGAAGAUCGACAUUAUGGAGAGAUUGAAAAUAGCAAAGGAGAAAGCACCCUCAGCAAAUGUCUCCCCAACUGAAGCUAAAACCGUUGAUCUGAAGCUUGCUGCCCCGAGUCUUGAUGUCAGCACCUCUACAGAAGUAGGAGACUCCUCUCUGGUGAGAGGAGGCACCUUUAAAGUAGAAAAGCCAGAAUCUGUCCUGGGCCUGGAGGUCCCUGAAAUUCUGACAUCAGAUGAAAAUGACAAAUUGUCACUGAGCCUCUCCAACAUGCUUGGCCUUAAUGUCAAGGAUUCAGACACUGACUAGGUCUGGUUAGAGGUUCAGAAACAUUGUAAAGAAAAAUACAAGUUAACUGUUGCCACAGUUUUCUGCAGAUAAUUCCAGCCAAGCCACGUGCAAUAACUUUCGGUUGCCAACUUGUUUUUAUAAACUAUGUGUAUAUUCUUGUUAUUUAUAUGAGCUUUUUUUUCUAUACACAGUUGAUUUUGAAGUAUGUUACUUAUUAUUAUUAAUAACGUCCUCAGUAUUGCAUAUGAUCACAUUGAGCAGUUUAAGUUUCUGAGAUUUACCAUACCUUAAAAACUUUAAAAGAUAAGUCAGUUGUAUGUCAAUGUAAAUACAUAACUCAAUACAUUCAAUAUACUUGUGAUUAUUUCCUAUAAUAUAAAAGAAGGAAUAUAAUAAAACUGAUGACUCGUUGGUUUAUAUCCAACGUAAAUGGAUACAACCCUCCAUUUUACAGAUCCAUAAUUUUCUAAUUAAUGCAUAAGAAGCUCACACGACAAAAGUGUGUAAUUUUGUACUUUUUGAAAAACUGGAAUUUCCUUAAAUAAAAGCUCAAUUUCACACAAGUUAAUAUGCAUUUAUUAUUGGAAACUUCACUCUAUAUCAUUUGAAUUGUACAUUUGCAAAUUUUCAUGCUUGUUUAAUAUAAAAUAAAGCCAUAAAAUAAUGUGUUACUAAUAAAAAAAAGAUACCAUUAAAAAAAGGUACUGUACUGAACAAACAACUUUUUGAUUGGUCAUUUAGGCUACUUAAUUUUCUAAUUUUCAAAUUUUAUGGAAUUUGACAUGUUUAUUUCACAAUGAGAAAACAAGUAUAAUAAAGACAAGUUGUUUCUUCAAAUGAAAAAAAGACUGACAAAUAACACUGAAGAGCAUUAAAGGGUUUAACUUUAGUUUUUUAGUUUUUGAAUUGAACAAAUUAUAUUUUUUUGUUGACUACUUUGUUUGAUCUGACUAAAUUAAGAAGAUGUUUAUGAAAGAGUUAUUAUACUUGUUGAUCUAUCUUUAAGUUUUGAUGUAUCCCACAUAGCUCCAUCCCACUGCCUCCACCCCACAAGAGGCAAUUAGAACAGCAAACGAGAUACAGUGUGAUUAUCACUCAGAGGUUGUGAAGAAGAUUCUGCUGACAUGGUGUGUAUGAGUAUGAGUGUUAUAAUCUGCCACUGCUCUUGUGCUUUGUUUGUUAAACACGCAUACAGUCAGAUGCACAUUAACAAGACUAAGGGCUGAUCACAUGACCUGUGUGGUUAUUUUACACUGUGUGGGUGCAUCAGGGCAAAGUGCAGAACAGGUUGAGGUGUAAUCAGAGGGGGGGUGGUGAUUAAUAAAAUCACAUCACUGAUCUCUGAAAUAGCUCAGCCAAUCACAGUUAGGCAUGACAGCAGCUCAAUGAAUGGAAAGAGGCUUCUACUGGAAAUUAUGCUGUUGUCUGGAUCUCAAACCUGCAGCCAGAAACAGGGGGUGUCAACUGUUAUUAGAUUCUAUGAUCACAUCAGUGGGACACUUUUUCAGUUUUAUUUCUACCAUCUCACGUUAUAAUUAGUCACAUCAUAUUGUAAAAUGCACCCCAACAUUUGUGCUGAAAUGCGGUUCAAGAAUAAAACAUAAAAUGCUAACUUUGCUCAAAAUAAAGUUAGAAAGGAGCAUUGACACAGGACAGAUGAGCUGCUGUAAACACCAGAGUACUGAGUCGUGAUGUAUGUAGUACUUUAUGGAGUUAGCCAGAUGACUUGCGCACACAGUGGACAGGUGUGGACAGGUGUGUGUGCAGUGAUUGAAUCAACAGGAGAAGCUUUUCGUACAGUAUGAAGCAGCUACAGAUACUGGAAGAAUCAUUCAUAUUUAUUAUAGAUAAAUGCAGAUUUAUUAAUGUUCCAGCUUCAAACACAGUAAACAAUGUUUAAAUGCCUCUGCUGGCUGUGGAGUGAUGAGAUAAAAAAGCAUUGCCGUGUUUGCGCUUGAUAAAAUCACCAGACUGGCCUGAAGUGACGUGUUAGAAACAGAUGUGGUUCUGUGGCUUCAAUUCUCAGUUACAGUCUAAGGCCCAUUUCCCACUAAAAACCAACAACUUGCUUUGCACUGCUUCAUUUGAAUGAACCUCCCACCUGUUCCCAUAUGCUCUUCAGUUGCCACUAAAACACCACACCAGAACCAAUGUCAAGAUCAGGACAUUACCAAACUGUUGGAGCCCUGCUCGCUGGCACCAAAACCUACGGGCGUAGGUUUGCAUAUGGACGGUAGGGACAUAUCCUACCAAUAUUUGAGUGAACUCGUUCACACUGUUUAGAGUGAAGUCAUAUUAAAUAAUUCUAACGUCACCAGCCUUACAUUAUUAGAUUAAUAAUACUUCCAUUAACAAGUAAUUUCCUAAUAAGUAAGUUAACUUUCCUGUUGUCUUUGAUCUGUUACUUUGUGUAGUUUUUAUGUUUAUGUUAAUAAACCAUAGAUUAAUGUUGAAACCAAACCUAUGCACUUGGCUUAAACACAGUGCUGCUUUGAGCUACAUGCUAAGGUCAGCAUGCUAAAAUGCAUGUGAUGACAAUGCUAACACGAUGAUGGAUGUUUAAUAGGCAUAAUGUUAACCAUAUUCACUGUCUUAGUUUAGUGUGUUUGCAUGCUAACAUUUGCAAAUUAGCACUAAACACAAAGAACAGAUGAUGAUGAUCU